AUGACCGUCUCCUUCACAGCCCUGCUCUGUCUGGGACUGACUCUGGGCCAUGGGACACCAGUGCUGGCAGGAAUUCACCCUAAACCUGAACUCACAGUACAGCCAGACUCUGUGGUCUCAGAGCAGACUACAGUGACCUUCUUGUGUGAAGGGACCAAAGGAGCCAAACAGUACAUUCUGUAUAAAGAUGGAGACACGUAUUUAAUGCUCACAGAGAUUCCACAGCAAUCUAAUGACAAGGCUGAAUUCUCAAUCUCAAAUAUAGGCCGGGAACAAGCUGGGCGAUACCAAUGUUGCUAUCGGGGCCCUGAUGGAUGGUCAGAGCACAGUGACUCCCUGGAGGUGGUGGUGACAGGGGCCUACAGUCAACCCAGCCUGUCAGCCCAUCCCAGCCCUGUGGUGACUGAAGGAGGGAAAGUCACUCUACAGUGUGUCUCAAGGCAAUGGUAUUACAAGUUCAUUCUGACUAAGGAAGGACCACAAAAGUCCUUCUGGACACUGGACCCAGAGUACAACUACUCUUCUUGGCACUACCAGGCCAGUCAGUCUGUGGGUCCUGUGACCUCCAACCAAAGGUGGACAUUCAGAUGCUACUGCUUUGAAAGUUACAGCCCACUGGUGUGGUCAGAACCUAGUGACCCCCUGGAGCUCCUGUUCUCAGGGACCCUCCACAAACCCACCAUCAAGGCUGAGCCAGGCCCUGUGGUUGCCUCAGGAAACCCCAUGAACAUCUCCUGUCAGGGGACCCUGGAUGCAGAAAUGUGUUUUCUGCAUAAAGAGGGAAGCCAACAAACCUGGGGUACACAGACCCCAAAGGAGCCUGGGAGCAGGUCCACAUUCUCCAUUCCUUCUGUGUCAGAGGACAGUGGGGGGGAAUAUCACUGUUACUGUUACAGCUCAUCUGGCUGGUCACAGCGCAGUGACACUCUGGAACUGGUGGUGACAGGAAUCUAUGACAGUAAACUCAGUCUGUCAGCACUGCCCAGCCCUGUGGUGACCUCCGGAGGGAACAUGACUCUCCAGUGUGUCUCACGGGUGUUCUACCACAAGUUCAUUCUCACCAAGGAAGAUCAGAAAUUCUCCGGCUCCCUGAACUCACAGUACAUAGGCAGAAUUAGGCAGUACCAAGCCUUAUUCUCUAUAGAUCAUGUAACAGCAGACCACACAGGGACAUUCCGAUGCUAUGGUUACUACAACCAAACCCCACAGCUGUGGUCAGCACCCAGUGAGCCCCUGGAAAUACACAUCUCAGGUCUGUCCAAGAAGCCCUCCCUGCUGAGUCACCAAGGCCACAUCCUGGACCCUGGAGAGAGCCUCACCCUGCAGUGUUGCUCUGACAUCAACUAUGACAGAUUUGCUCUGUACAAGGUGGGGGAAGACAUCUUCACCAAGCAGUAUGGCCAGAGGACCCAGGAUGGGCUCACGUUGGCCACCUUCACCCUGGGCUAUGUGAGCAGCUCUACAGGAGGCCAAUACAGAUGCUAUGGUGCACACAAGCUCUCCUCUGAGUGGUCAGCCUCCAGUGAUCCCCUGGACAUCAUGAUCACAAGACAGCUUUUUGCCAGUCCUUCCCUCUCAGUGAAGCCAAACUCAACAGUGCAGUCUGGAGACAACGUGACCCUGCUGUGUCAGUCAACAUUCAGAGCUGACACUUUCAUUCUGUCCAAGGAGGGAGCAGCACACCAACCCCAGAGAAUGAAAUCCAAGUCCCAAGAUGGGGAGUUCCAGGCAGAAUUCUCCAUGACUGCUGUGACCUCUGCCCUCUCAGGCACCUACAGUGCCCCUGUGGAGCUCUCUGUCUCAGGACACGUUGGAACCUCCAGCCCGCCACACACAAGUCACUUGCCAACAGCUGGCCUGGAAAUGUACCUGAAGGCUCUGAUUGGAGUCUCUGUGGCCUUCAUCCUGUUACUCUCCAUUCUCAUCUUUCUCCUUCUCCGAAGAAGGCGUCAGGGAAAGUUCAGGAAGGAUGCCCAGAAAGAGACAGAAUUGCAGCUUCCUGCAGGAGCUGCAGAGCCAAUAACCAGAAACAGAGGCCGCCAGAAGAGAUCCAACCUAGCUGCUGCCACCCAGGAAGAAAUCCUAUAUGCUUCAGUGGAGAAAAUGAAACCUGAGGAUGGUGUCAAACUGGACAGUUUGGCUGCUGAAUCCAAAGAGCCCCGAGAUGUGGUCUAUGCCCAGCUGUGCAGCAGGUCACUCAGACAGGGGACAGCUGGACCUCCUCCCUCCCAGGCAGGAGAAGCCCCAGAGGAGCCCACUGUAUAUGCUGCUCUGGCCGUCACUCGACCAAGUCCUGUUCCCAAUAACAAGGAGCAAUGA